AUUAUAAGCAUAUGGCGGGAAAAAAAUGCAACGCGAAAACGUACGUCACUUUUGGCCUGCGCGGGUCGCCGUAGUCGCUUGUACGUCCUUGCCUGCACGCUUUUCACGCCGCUUUCAGUUAUAAUAAGCGACUGGAAAGGUGGGAUGCUUUGUGUCUUUAUAACACAAAAUCAUGUUUAGAAGACGGAUCCCCUUUAAUCAGGUCGCGUUCGCUACUCUGGUCGGAGUGGUGGGAGGUGUGUAUAUAUACAGGCCUCUGUUUGAGCCACCCAGAAAACCUCCAUCUGCACCAGAUCAAGACCUCAAGUGUGACCCAGAAGAAGAGAGAGCGGAAACCAACAAACAUCCAAUGAGUGAAGAGAGAGAGAGCCUGGACGCGCCCGUGUGAUUCUCUCCCUGAUGAUUAACACUGUAAAUAAACAAAAAGGUUCUACACCG